UCGUUAUUAUAAUAUAUUGUCAGGUCUAUGGUUUAUUAGAAAUAUUGUUAGGAGUGGCCUCACGUGCCCUCCUGUCGCAAUCGCAACUAUGACAGACUGCAUUAAAAGGGGUGACUGCUAGAGGUCGCUGUAACUUGUUGAUGUUUUAUAAUAAAAGAAGAAGUAGCAAAGACCCGGAUUAAGGGUGUAUAUUCAGGAAACGGGCCUUUCUUCGCCCUUUUCCGUAGGAGCUAACCACGUUGGUGGAGUUCGUUCCUGGCUCACCGCUGUUCGCUUGAUUAUCUUCCGAAUAAGUCGGUCAGGAAUAUUAACAAUGGCUUUUAAAGAUACUGGUAAGGCACCUGUUGAGACUGAGGUUGCCAUUCACCGCAUCCGCAUCACCCUCACCAGCCGCAAUGUCAAAUCUCUGGAGAAGGUAUGUGCUGACCUGAUCCGUGGGGCUAAGGAGAAGAACCUGAAGGUGAAGGGACCAGUCCGCAUGCCAACCAAGACUCUGCGCAUCACCACCAGAAAGACUCCCUGCGGUGAAGGGUCCAAAACCUGGGAUCGCUUCCAGAUGAGGAUCCACAAGCGCCUAAUUGAUCUGCACAGCCCAUCUGAGAUCGUCAAGCAGAUCACCUCCAUCAGCAUCGAACCGGGUGUUGAGAUGGGGAGUGACUGCAUGCAGCUAGUUGACAUGGACAUGACUUGUGAUGCUUUUAACAACCCUUCAGAGCAGCAAACUGACAUGUCUGAUGGGUCUGAGCAGCAGAUGAUGAGCGUUUACCUCAGAGUUAGGCCUUUUUCUAAGGAGGAGCUCGCUGACAAUGAAGAUCAGGACUGUGUUGUGAUAGAGGACAGCCACACAGUGACCCUCUACGCACCGAGAGGUUCGGCCACUAUGAAGAGCAGUGAGAAAGGAGUUGGAAUGUCAAUCCACAAAUUCUCCUUCUCGCAGAUUUUUGGGCCGCAGACGACACAAGCCGAGCUGUUCGAGGGCACCGUCAGAAGCCAGACGUCUGAUUUCUUGGAUGGAAAGAAUGCUCUGAUCUUCAGCUAUGGGGUAACAAAUGCUGGCAAAACCUUCACAAUCCAAGGAACCUCGAAAGAGCCUGGAAUCCUCCCUCGAGUCCUGGAAGCCACCUUUGACUACAUAGGAGGUUAUCAGUAUGAAGAAAUGGAUUUAAAGCCCUACCUCCGGAACGGCGCACAGUGUCUGGAUCCUGACCAAGUCAGACACGAGAGAUCGGUCAAAGCGGCCAUUUUUUCCUCAGUCAGAGAAGAAUGUGAUCGCCCAAGAACAAAUAGCAGCUCGGAGUAUUUGGCCUCCCCUGAUCCUUGUCUCGCUUCCCUGGCUGUACCCAGCAACCAGACGGUGCUGUCCAGUAAAUCGGCAGAGGGAAGCACCAAUCAGUUUGCCUUAUGGGUGGCUUUCUUUGAAAUCUACAAUGAGUGCGUGUAUGACCUCCUCCAGCCACCCCUGUCCAAGAAGCGGGCUUCUCUUCGCGUUUGUGAUGACGGCGCUGGAAACGCUUACGUUAGAGACCUCAGAUGGAUCAACAUCCAUAAUCUGAGCGAAGCCUGCAAACUGCUCCGAUUUGGAAAUAAGAACAGAAGUGCCGCAGCUACUAAGAUGAACCAAUCAUCCAGCAGAAGUCACAGCAUAUUUACCAUGAAGUUACUGAAGAUUGAUGUUGAUACAGUUGAAAGGAUCUCUGAGUUUUCUCUCUGUGACCUGGCCGGCUCUGAAAGAUGCCACAGAACAAAGACCUUCGGAGAGAGACUGAAGGAGGCCGGGAAUAUAAACAACUCCCUUCUCAUUCUGGGGAAGUGUAUCAACGCCCUUCGUUCCAGUCAGACUGACAGAACGAAGAGCAGCUACGUCCCUUUCCGAGAAAGCAAGCUCACAAAGCUCUUCCAGGCUUUUUUUUGCGGCAAAGGAAGGGCCUCCAUGAUUGUGAACAUCAACCAGUGUUCCUCCACCUACGACGAGACCCUCCACGUCAUGAAAUUCUCGGCGGUGGCCAAACAGGUGGUGCAGGUGAUCCCAGACAAGCCAGCGGAAUCUCCGGCCCCCUGUCUGGUUGGUCGAGAUGGAAAGCCUCUGGUCAGGAAUGGCGUGAUCGACAGCCGGGUCCUAGAGAGCUACCUGUCCGAGGAGGAGUUGCUCGAUGAAGAAAACGAUGCCGACGUGACCGUGCUGCCGCAGAAUGAACUUGUGAACAUGAUCGAUAAUCUGCGAACAAAGCUGCUGGCGGAGCGAAGGAAAAACCUGGUUCAGGAAAUGGAAAUCCGCAAGGAAAUGGGAGACGCCAUGCUGCAACAGCUCAUGGAGAGCGAAGAGCUGCGCACUCGACAGUUGGAGGAGCUGAAAGAGAGUUACGCGGAAAAGCUAGAGAACACUUUUGAGAUGUACAAAGACGCCAUUAAGGAGCACGCUUACCAGUGUGCCAUGAACAACCUGGAAGAUGACUACGUGCCACUGGAUGAGUUCACUGCUGAACAGGAGAAAGUUGAGGCCCUGAGACGUAAAGUCUCAGAGUUGGAGGCUUUGGCAUCCGGCACAAGUCGUGUUUCUGGAGGGCCAACAGUGGACCAAGCCUGUCAGACCUCCCCAUGCAAGGAUGCAGAGGAACCAGGGGGCCAGCGAUACAGUUGGCUACAUAAGGAAAAAUGUGCCCUCGAAAGAAUAUGCGAGGACAAGCAACAGUUGAUUUUGUCCCUUGAGAAAAGACUGAUGGAGCUCAGCAAAACGUUACAGGGCGUCAGAGACAGCUACCUGGAGAAAUCGGCUGAUCUGGAGUCUCUGCAGACCAAGGUUGACCACCAGUCAAAGUCCAUCGCAGACCUCGUACAGCAGAACGUUGAAAAGGACGGCGAGAUCGUCUCGCUCAAAGAUCAACUGGCCAAGCUCUCCCAGAAGUGUUCGGCGCUGCCAAAAGCCAAGCGAGGGCUGCUCGACAACAUCAGGGAGGCGGUGACGUCACCCCGGAGGGGUACGCCGAGCAGAGUCCUCAGGAGAACGGGGAAGGCUGUACAGACCUGAAACUCCCGGUAGCAGAAGUGGAUCUGGAGGGAUUUAAAUCCUUUUUUUUUUUUUAAAGUUUUGCUUGUUUACUUUGGGAAAACCAUGGAUAAUUUAUUGUAUAUAAAAAGUGUUGUCUUUUUUUAUGUUCAUGAAAUGACUAUAAAUCACUUUUAGAUGCAAAUAUUUCAAAGUAGCUCUGCGUGUUGUUUCAUGCGAGCGCCACUCGGUCAGUGCCAUUGAGGUCACCGCCUAAGGUAGGAAGCAGGGGACGGUUUCUCUUUGUGUCAUGCUUUUUCUGCAUGGACACCUUUUGUUGCGCCUUGCACAUGCAUGCCUCGGCUACAAAGUUGCCACUGCACUUAACCAGAGCAUGAAUGUGUGUCUUUUGCGUGGCUCCAUUUGGGAGAGGGGUUUACGGCUGCCCGAGGGCCGGAGAGGGGUGUCGGUCUCUGCACACACAUAGUGGACGACCACUCACGUCUGAGAGCUCUUACUUUAUCUUUCUCUUCUUUUUUUAAAACGGAUAGCCAUGUUUUAGUGUAUAAAAAUAUGUUGUACAUAUCAAGAAUUUAAUAAAGA